AUGGUACCACGGGCGCGACCACGGCAUCGACCUUGGACAGUAGCAACACUGGCUGGUGUGGCGUCGCUACUUCUCCCCGCUGCGACGCUCAUACGGCUGUACGCUCUGUCGCGAUUCCCCUUGUAUGCAGUUUUGUAUACGUGUGCUAUUAGUGGGGUUACAUUUGUCUUUUACGGGUACGAUAAGAUGCAGGCGCGCAAUAUGGAGUGGAGGGUCAAGGAGACGACAUUGCAGACACUGGCGCUUGUUGGAGGGUGGCCAGGCGCACUGGCAGGCAUGCAUUAUUUUCAGCACAAGACGAAGAAGGUUGCAUUCCAGGUUGUCUUCUGGGGGAUUGUGCUGUGCUGGGAGGGCGUUGCUUGGUUAGUGUGGAGUGGUGGGGUAUCAGCAAGAAGAUAG